CCGCUCCCCGCUGGCGUGCGCGGAAAGUAUCAGUCCGCGGUGGAUUGGAGAUCAAGAGGCAAGGAAGCGGCUCGUGAGUGCUGAAUCUCCUGGACGCCGAGGCGGGUGCCGCGUCGGGCCGGCGGCUCUCGGAGGCUGGCGGGCUCCAGCACUCGCUCGCAUCCUUCGCGGCCACGUUUCCUCAUCCGUUCGGGAGCCUGUUCUGAAGGACCCAGCUCUUGUCGCCGCGCCGAUGCUGCCGCCCACGGAGCAGGCCCUGAGCCCGCUGCUGGCCCGCAAGGAGGAGGAGCGGCGAGCGCUGCAGGAGGCGCACAGCCAGCUGCACCAGGCGCAGGGGGAGCUGCGGAGCCUGCGGGAGGACUUCGUCCACAACCUGCGGGUGCUGGAGGAGCGGGACCGCGAGCUGGAGCGCUACGACGCGGCCUUCAGCCGGGCCCAGGGGCUGGAGGAGGCACAGCGGGUGGAGGUGAGCGAGCUCAGGGUGGAGGUGGCCCGGCUGCGGCAGGCGCUGGCCCGAGAGGCCCGGUGGCGGGAGGACCUGCUGCAGGAGCACCGGCGGGAGCUGCAGGAGCACCGGCGGGAGCUGCAGCGCGCGCACAGUGAGAAGAGCGGCGAGACGCACCAGCAGCGGCAACAGUACGAAAGCCUGAACCGGCAGCUGGAGAGAAAGCUCGCGGAGCUCGACGGCGAGCUAGCUCUGCAGAGGCAGGAGCUGCUGCUGGAAUUCAAGUCGGAACUGCAGAAGCGGGAGCGGGGGUUCCGCCUACAGGCAGACAGCAUGAGCAGCGUGGUCUUGACUCAUGAGCUCAAGGUGAAAGUGUUGAACGAGGAGCUGGUGGCUGUGAAGGAGGCAGCCGCCCAGGCCACGGAGUCGCUGCGGAGCGCGGAGGCCGCCGGCGCGGGGCUGGAGGACGAGCUGCAGCGCAGGGACCGGGAGCUCAGGGACGUGGCCGCCGCCAAGGAUGCCCGGAUAAAGGACUUAGAGGACAGACUGAACUGUGUGCAGCUCUCCAGGAAGAAAGAAGAGGAGGUGGCCAGGAGGAAGCACGACGAGCUGGACCGUCUGGCCAGGGAGAGGGACGCGGCGCUGGUGGCUGUGAAGGGCGCCCACGCGGAGCAGCUGCAGGCCCUGGAGGCCCGGGCCCGGGAGGUGCAGGCCCGCUGUGAGGCCCUCGAGCUGCAGCUGCGCCGGGCCGAGUGGAGGCAGGGGGACGCGCUGAGGGAGAAGGACGCCGCCCUGGACAGACUUCGGGAAGACAUGUUGGCUCUAAGAUCCGGCUGGGAUGCCCAGAUCGCUGAGCUGUCCAAGGAGAUGAUCUCCAAGGACCUCCAGAUUCAGUCACUGCAGGCAGAGGCAGUGGAACUCAAGGCACAUCUGGCCAGAUGUCAGCAGGACAUUGGAAGGUACAAGCAGCAGCUGUCCACAGCCGAGGAGAGGGAGCGGGGCCUGGAGCGCGAGAAGGCGCAGCUGGAGCUGGACUGGCGGCAGCGCUGUGACGCCGUGGAGAGGGACCACUACUGCAAGGCCGAGGACCUGAUUCGGGCCCUGAGCGAGGCGCGGGAUCAGGCGGCUGCCAAGCUCCAGGAGACGGAGCGGACACUGCGUGACCAGGAGGGGGUGCUCAAGGCCUUGACGCUGGAGAGAGACCAGGCCGUGCAGGCUUUGAGGACACGCGGCCUCCUUCCCGAGAAGGAGGUGCAGGUGCUCCUCGGGCAUCGGGAAGAGGAAACAAGGGCAAGUUUUCCGUCCAAUGAGGUGCAGAGGCUCCAGGAGCAGAACAGAAGCUUACGAAGGGCCAUCGCGGAGAUGAGGAAAGAAAUGGAGACUCUGAGUGACCACGUUCCUCCUCCUGCCCCGUCGGGGGUUCGGGCCUCCGACACAGAGCAGCCCCGUCCAAGCCCAGAGGCAGCAGCUGAGGCGCCUGAUCACGUUACGGUCCUUGAAACAGAAAUACGAAAUCUAAAGCAUAAAUUUAAAGCCUUGGAAGAACAACUAGAAGACAUGUUCGAUCCUUCAAAGACGUCCUCCUCUUACACUGACUUUCAACCCAGCGUCCACACCUCGGCUGAUGUCCCCGGAGGAGCUGUGCCGGCCAAAGGUGCCCCCGUUGGGCUAGCGCUCGGGAGGCUCCGAAACAGGGCACGUGUCGUGAACCGCCUGGUGGCCCGACACAGGCAGAAGGUGCUGCAGCGACCCCUGGACGUGGACACCGUCCCGCACGAGCUUCCCCGUGAGGUGGACCAGGGGUGCCAGCAGGUCUCGGAGCUGCGGAAGCAGGUGUUUGAGCUUGAGGAGCACCUCGGGAACAGGCCGCUGUUGCCCACCUUGGACGAGGUGGCCCUCGGGAGGGAGAGCCCCACAGACCAAAGACCCAGAGCGACUGAGGACCAGGGGCCACAGCCCCCACAGGCCUUGUCUGUGCCCCGACUCCAGAGGAAACUAAAGGAGGCCACCCGAAAAAUCCUCCGCCUCUGCCUGGAGAAAGAACAGCUCCUGGAGAUGGGGAACAGGCUCCGUGCAGAGCUCGGCCAUCGUGCCCUGGGGGAAGCACCUCAUCACCCCCUGCCCGGCGCCGAGGUCCAGAACCGGAGCGUCAGCUGCGAGGCCCCUUUGGGACAACUGCAGCCCCGUUUUGCAGCUCAGGGCUCUGAGAACACCAGCAACACCCGUGUCUCUGAGCGCUCAGGGAGGGUGCAGCCCCGCCGGGCCCAGACAGCCGGGAGAAGCCAGCCUCCGCAGGGCCAGGCCGCGGGAGCAGUGACAAGGUCAGGGCAGCAGCACCGAAUGUCUGCGGCGACUUGCAGAUGCAGUUGGCACAAAGAAAACCGGUCCCCAAAGCCGCGCCCUGCUCACGAAUGCCCCACGGAGAGUAGGUGCCCGGCUGGGAGCUCCUCCUUGGUGGCCAGCAGUCCCCUCCAGGACACGUGGAAGUUACUGGACCUGGGAUCCAGCCCCUCUGGCCUCACGUCCCAGGACGACUUGGCACCAGAGUGCACUGUGCAACCAGCAGCCGACAGCCGUGGACACCCGGCCGCGAGCUCUGUGGCGACACGGGCAGCCUUUACCGUCGAAGGGAUGAAGAUGGAAGCUCGGGCAAAGGCCCUCCCCGCCAGACCCGCCAGAGCUCCCCCUUCAAAACUUAAAGGCUGCCAGCAGCCCCCUAAGAUCCGUAACUACAAUUUGAAGGACUGACUUCUCGGGCCUUCCUCAUGGCAACCGCCGUCCAGCCUCCCGUCCCGUGUUGGCACGUGGGGCCCGUGCUUUCAUCCCGCAUCGGGGUGGGGGGUGUGUGUGAGUGCCCACAUGUGCACGAGGAGAGUGUGAGUGUGCCCACGGCCCCGGAGCAGAGGCCCCAUUGACCGACCCAGAGCCAUAAAAGCCUGUGCCUCCCAUGCUCGUGCUCAGCCCUGCAGUCCUCACCUGGGAGAGGAAGCCAGGAGGGCAGCGUGGCUGGUAAGCCUGCUGCGGUGCUGGGGGACACUGGGAGCAGAAUAUCCGUCCACAAAACAGGCAUCUCCCCACAGGGUGCUGCCAUGCGUGGGGACCUCCUGGAAGAAGGGACGGCCUAGCUGCUGGCAUCUGGCCCCUGGUGAUGUGGGGGUGGCACUUCCAGACCUCUUUGGCCCCGUGAGGCCAACACAGCAGGUCAGUCUGGAGCCUUCUACGUCCGCUCCCCACGUAGGACAGAAGUGAGGCAUUCCCAACAGCCUGAUGCCUGGGGCUGGACACUGAACCCCUUGCUCCAAGUACCACAAAACCACACCCACACUUCCCUACCUGAGAAACGUCUCACACACUGUAACCACACAUGCUUGGCACUUGCGGACUUGCUCUGCAGGGAACGACCCCAAUUUCCUGCUGUGCUCCCCCAGAGCCCUCAGCCUCUGGCUCCUCUGGUGUCCACACCUGGUUGGCAGAGCCAGGCCAUUCCGUGCCCGCGGCAGCGCUCACUAACAGAGACAGUCUGUCCACGCCUGAGGCAGAGUGCGGUCGUGCCCUCAAGCAGCCUGAGCUCUCUGCGCGUGCAGGCUUUCCCUUUCUGGGCAGCGGCUCCCACGGAACCGGGCAGACGGCUUCUCUGGGAGGAUGGGAGAGUGCUGGGGGAAGGCUGACCGGCACACAUCGUGCCACCUUUGUGGCUUCCGUUGACCUCAUGUAGAAUGUGCACGACGUGCUCUCCCCACCUGGCUCCCAGGUGCAGGGGCGCUUGUGGAAGCACAUCGCAGGGAGAGACCAUGAACGGGUGGUGCUGCAGCUCACGCGUCGCCCUGAUGUCGGGCCAAGAGACCACAGACCAGGCUCCAGUGGUCUGCAAUGGCUCCUGCCCCAUCCCGCGCACCCUUGAGCUCCAUGUGACGGCACACGGGCCUGGGGACGUCCUUGCCACAGGAUAAUACUCGGCCUGGGCCCACUGUGCUUCCAGGAGCUGCAGAGGCCAUGCGGGGGGGGCCCCCCCCGCUGUGCCAGGAAGCAACCUGGAGGAAGACUUGCCGAGGGGGGUGGUGCGGGCUCUGCCGUUUCUGGUGUGUCCUUAGAAGUGAGGCGUGGCUGUGUGACUUCCUUAAGCUGAAAACCUGAGCGGAGAUGCAUUGUGACUUUCCGAAGAGGCACUUAAGAGCCCAUGAGCGGGGUGCCUGG